AUGAAUGCUUCGAAAUUGUUUGACCCUGCGAGACAUCUCGCCUAUCAACGCCCAACAGCAAUUCACACACUGGAAGACUUCCAUUUACCGCCAUCCCCAAUUUCUCCAAUUGCCUCAACCGAACCAUUCCCUUUACUCUCGGAAGAAGCUAUCCUCCAACAUCGUCGAGAAUUAUUUUCUAAGGAUGUGCUGGAUAACUGUCUGUACUACACUCGGCCCGGGUCUGUACAGCUUCGAGGCAUGGCACCCCGAUACACUCCGUUCAUAUAUCAGUUCUGGACGUCACCCGAAGUCCUCAAAAUCGUGAGUGAACUCGCUGGAGUUGACCUCGUGCCAGUCAUGGAUUAUGAGAUCUGUCACACCAACGUACAGCUGGGUCCAGAUGGGAUCGAGGGCGUCAGACAUACUCCUAUUGUCCCGCCUCAGGCUCCCGAAGAUACGACUGAGGGGGCUUCUACAAACCUGACCAAAGUUGGAGGCGCAGUCAAACCAGCCAAAGAGGCUAUUGUACCUUGGCAUCGAGAUUCGCACCCAUUUGUGUGCGUUGUUAUGUUGUCGGAUGCUAGGUAUAUGACGGAUGGAGAAACCGAGAUCCAGUGCGGUGAUGGUCGAACCACCAAAGUUCGUUCUCCUCAGAUGGGUGGUGCUGUCAUUCUGCAGGGCAGACAAAUAUCUCACAUCGCGAUCCCUGCCGGUAAUAUGCCAGAACGUAUUACAAUUGUCUGCUCAUUCCGUCCACGAUCUCCAGAGCUCCUAGAUGAUUCUUCUAACAUGAAUGUUCGCACCAAGUCACGUCUACCAGAAUUAUACUACCAGUGGACUAGCUACCGUUUGCAUCUAUUGAGCAGGAGAUUUCGCAUCGAGGCAGACAAACUCGAUGCCAAGUAUCAGAAAACCAUUGAAGAAACCGACAGUGGCAAGCCAGGUGAUUGCCGGGAUGACAUUGUCGACGUUGAGAAGCUUGGGCAGUGGAUGGAUGCUCAGAUAAGAUACAUGAAGCAGACUUUAUACGAAAUGCGAGAGGUUACCCCUGAGGAUAACAUCAACAAGAAUGAGAUCCCUAAUGUUCAAUUUUAA